AUGCCCGCGCAAUUGGCCCCUAACAUGCCCUCUCUCGCGUCGAGGAAUGGCGCCCCUGUGCCCACGAGGAAGGAGUCGGCGCCCAUGAUGCCUCCUUUCAUGGUGUCAGCGCCAGGCAAAGUCAUUGUAUAUGGAGAACAUGCCGUUGUCUAUGGAAAGGCCGCCAUUGCGGCUGCCAUAUCUCUCCGCUCAUAUCUCCAUGUCUCGUUUCUUUCAAAGUCGAACCGUACCGUGCAGCUGCGCUUUCCCGAUAUCCAGAUGGAGCACACGUGGAACAUUGACGAACUACCAUGGGACGCGUUCAGCAAGCCGGGCAAGAAGAAGCACUACUACGAACUCGUAGAUUCAUUAGAUCCCGAUCUGAUGGCCGCCAUACAACCUUUCAUAGACCAAGUGUCUCCCGCUGCUCCUGAGUCGAUACGAAAAAUCCACCACGCCUCGGCCACCUCCUUCCUAUACCUCUUCCUCUCGCUUGCGUCGCGCAAAGUUCCUCCUUGUAUUUAUACACUACGUUCUACCAUUCCAAUCGGUGCUGGCUUGGGCAGCAGCGCCAGUAUAUCAGUGUGUCUCAGUACCGCAUUGCUUCUACAGAUUCGGGCUCUGAGCGGGCCCCAUCAAGAUCAACCUGCACAAGAAUGUGAGCUUAACAUAGAGCGCAUCAACCGAUGGGCAUUUGUUGGUGAAAUGUGCAUACACGGGAACCCUUCUGGAGUCGAUAAUACAGUGUCCUCGGGCGGCAAGGCAGUCCUCUUCCAACGGAGAGAUUACGGCCAGCCGCCGCUCGUCCAACCACUACACAGUUUCCCAGAGCUACCUCUUUUGCUUGUCAACACGCGACAGUCGCGCAGCACAGCUACCGAGGUCGCCAAAGUCGCCAACCUCCGCAAAGCGCAUCCCAUCCUCGCAGAGAGCAUUCUCGACGCAAUAGGCUCCGUCACCGAAUCCGCACACAAGCUCCUCACAUCCCCAGAUUUUGAUUCAGAAUCAAUUGAAGCGUUGAGGCAUCUCGGUGAACUGGUAACCAUCAACCAUGGCUUGCUCGUUUCACUAGGCGUUUCCCACCCAAAACUCGAGCGCAUCCGAGAAAUCAUCGAUCACACCGGUAUUGGCUGGACAAAGCUCACGGGAGCAGGAGGUGGAGGCUGUGCCAUUACCAUUCUCAAGCCGCAACCACUCGCCCUCGCAAACGACCACCAACCGGACACAAACUCUGACAAAUCCGAUACCGCAUCUGAACCAGAUGAAGAUUGCAAUGCCUCUGUCAUUUCAACUAGCACCAAGAUGAAGUACAAGAUCCUCGAUUCGCUCGAGGUCAAGCUGGAGAAUGAAGGAUUCGAGAAGUUUGAGACGACACUGGCUGGCGAUGGUGUUGGUAUCCUUUGGCCGGCUGUUUUGCACAAUGGAAACGAAGAGGAGGGUGGGGAGGAAAUUGACCAGGAAAAGUUCCUCAAUGCUGAAGGCAACGUUGGAAUCGAGAGACUGGUUGGUGUUAACAGCUCACAACGGAAGGGCUAUGGAGAAGUUAGAGAAGGAUGGAAGUUUUGGAGGCCGUGGGACGCUGGUGAGAGUUAG